UGCGCGACAGAGCUCAGCGUCGGCGCCCUGGAGAGAGAGGGUGAUGACGCUGUGACGUCAUCGUGCUGCGACGCCAAUUAACUGAGUGAACCUAGAACCACUGAGCCGCAGUGGAAGUGGCUGGGACCCUGAGAACCGGAAUUGUGGCGAGCCAGAAUAAUUCGAAAAUGACCACGCCGAACAAGACACCUCCUGGUGCUGACCCUAAGCAGUUGGAGAGGACAGCAACAGUGAGGGAAAUUGGGUCUCAGGCUGUCUGGUCACUCUCUUCCUGCAAACCAGGGUUUGGAGUGGAUCAAUUACGAGAUGACAAUCUAGAGACUUACUGGCAAUCCGAUGGCUCUCAGCCUCAUUUAGUGAACAUCCAAUUCAGAAGAAAAACAACAGUGAAGACGUUAUGUAUUUAUGCAGACUAUAAAUCUGAUGAAAGCUACACUCCAAGCAAAAUCUCAGUCAGAGUAGGAAAUAAUUUUCACAACCUUCAAGAAAUCCGGCAACUCGAAUUGGUGGAGCCAAGUGGCUGGAUUCACGUUCCCUUAACUGACAACCAUAAGAAGCCAACGCGCACAUUCAUGAUACAGAUUGCUGUUCUGGCCAAUCACCAGAACGGAAGGGAUACCCACAUGAGACAGAUUAAAAUAUACACGCCAGUGGAAGAGAGCUCCAUUGGGAAAUUCCCUAGAUGCACCACCAUCGAUUUCAUGAUGUAUCGUUCAAUACGGUGACUUCCAAAUGGACAGAAGGGAACAGACAUUUGGUUUAUCCUAUCAUCACAUAGUACAUCAAGUAUCUUUGGUGAAAAAGCAUGUUACUUUGUAAUUUUACAUACAUUUAAAAAUAAUUUAGAUAAAUAACUUUUAGGUCAUGUCUUUUUUAUAUAAUAAAGCUCAUUUAUUUUUUGUUGCUAAAAGUGAAUUUGAAGCCAAUUUUUACAUUUUUCUUUAUAUUAAAAGAAAACUAAUUAAACUGAAAUUUUCAGGAUGUAUAAAGUAUUUUUUUACCAGCAUGGUAGUUAUUUCACAGAAUGGUUGUUGGACAUUGGGAACAAAACUGUUUUCCUAGUGUCUGUGUAACUUUCAAUGACAGUGAUGACGUGGAAAGUUAAAGGUACUUUGGAAAAUUAGCUGAAUGGUGUUUUCUGGGGCAAACACGUGAAAGGAGUGUUUUCCUGAAGCAGACACAGGAGAAGACUAAGGCACAUGUGAAGGAACAUUUGACUGAAGUGGACACAGGUCUGUUCUGCUAAAGCAAGCCUGUGAAACGACAUGUGAUGAAGGUUUCUUCUUGGCUAACGACAUGCAUGGAUUGGCCCACCUUACAUUGGACAGUUGAGCUGCAUUUGUUGGGACUCCAUAGAGAGAAACGCACCAAAAAACUUGUGGUGGUGCUGCAGCUUCUUACGGCUUCCUGCUGCUUCUGCGGACCUGGCUGAGUGGCAGAGCGCUGUCGGCUGAUACAGACUCACUCCUGCGCCGAGACAGACUGAACCUUGCUGCAGUAAGGCUCAUGCUGAGGCAAAGACCCAUGGAAGACCCGUGGUAGAGCCGAGAAGUUUUUCUACUGUUCUUGUCGUGCUGAGUCUGAGGCCUGACUGUCUCUGCCAGGUAGUGCCACGGCUGCUGACUCCUGUUUGCUGUCCCGACCCUAGCGAGCUGCCGCUGCUGACUGCUGUGAACUGAACUGCUGAUUUCCUGACUGUGCAGAUGGGAGGGGCCCCAAAGAACCAUUUCUAAAGAACCAUUUCUUAAACAGGUCCACUUUCCCGGAUCCUUUCCUUUCCACCACGUCUGGCUAGAAGGAAGGUUACAGCAUUUAAGAACCCUCAUUUAAAAAUGUUUGAAAAAUAUUAAAGUUAAACAUUGAUUAAUUUUUUAGAGGAAAUUAAAGUUUGUUUUUUAUAUCAAAAUAAACUGGUACUAGAGUCUGUUAUGAUUCCAUCUGUUUCUGUUUUCUGGCCUGUUUCCUGUGAUCUAUGGAGGCAGAGGCAUGAGGAUUUUGAGUUCUAGUCUAGCUUGGACUAUACAGGAAGACCCUGUCUUAGAGAGACUGGGAGCUUUUUAGAAGGGGAGAAGCCAGUCUAAUUUGGAGAAUAUAAUUGUCUUACCUUUUCUCUUCCAUGAAAUAUUUGUAACCCUAGGAAUGUCUAUAUUUUGACAAAAAUCAUGUUAGAAAUUGCCAUUAUAAUUUGAAGUUUAUCUCAGUCCAUAUAAUACUUAGAAGAAUUUCAAUUUGUGUCUGACAUUGUAACAUCUUCCAAAGAUAGUAUUUCCUAUGAGAAUUUAAAAACAAGAAAUAGCUUUUUUUUUCUGUAGAACUCAGCUUACCAAUGAAUGGUGACUAGUUCAUUGUGCCCUGUGUUUGAUGGAGUAGAGUCAUUAUUUCCAAGGCUCCCCACAAGACUCACUUUUGUCUUACAGUAGUUGUUCUUGCACUGUUGGUAUCUUUAAGUCUAAAACAAGAAAUGUCUACAGAAUAACAAUGCACUUGGCUUUAUUCUAUUCUGAUAGCAAGUCCUUUUCGCUUGGUUACUUCUUCCUCAGACAUUAAAAACUCUUUGAUUCUUUGA